AUGGGAAGAAAACUGAGAAACGUGCUGAUUUUCCUUCUCAUCAUCCUGGAGGAACCCAGCAUGCAAGAAGCUCAGUGCCUGUGUGAACCACCAUCACGUGUACUCUACUUGAGCCUGUGUGACAACCAAAUUACUACCAUCCAUUCCGGUAUAUUUGGGAAUCUGCCCCAUCUACAAGAGUUGUGGCUGGGGAAAAACCAGAUAGCUGUCAUCCAAUCUGGUACAUUCGCAAAUCUACCCAAGCUACAAAAGAGGACCAGGAAUCCUCCAUUAGGGCCAAAUCCCGGUGCUAUUGGGACAAACUCAAACACGGGAGUGUCUGUUAUGGCCAGUGAUCAAGAUCAUCAGUAUGAAGAUAUUGACAACCAUCAGGAUCAGACAGGGCAGGGUCAGUUUCAGACUAUCACUGAAUCCACCACAAACACCACAGCUACUCAACAUUCUGUUUAUAAAGAUGUGGACCAGUCUCAGACCACCACAAGCAUAGCUACUGUAAUGACAAGUGGCCAUGAUCAGACAGGACAGGGUCAGUAUCAGGCCAUCAAUGAAUCCCUGGAUGCUAGAAAUCUAUCUUAUGGCACCCGUCCGACUGCCUUGAGGGUAAAUUCUGUGUACACAAAAGUGGAAACACCAUGA